AUGGACUCCGGAACUCUCAGUAUUUCAUAUAGUUGUCAUGAGAAUGACAACCAUUUUGACCACAACAAAACUAAUAAUAAUAAUCAUGCAAACAAUCCAAACAUACUUGUAAAGCAUAAGUAUCCUUUCCCUAAUGACUCUCAAACAUCAAACAAAUUCAAUGAUCAAUCGUUUCCAUUGAAUCUUGGACACACCGCUGAUGCAUUGAUAAUAGAUGAUACAGAUAACUUCGCCUUAAAUAAUACUGAUAAUAAUAUAUUGAAUUCUUAUCCCAUUAGUUCAAAAAAUUCAAGAUUUAUUUGUAACGUGAAUACUAUUCAUGAUUUGCCUUUUUCUGUGAAUGAUUACCAUAUUACUGAAGAGAUCUGUCAAGGUGAUUUGGAUUACCCCAAUGAUAAGGAUGAGUAUGAGCGUGAUAAUGAUAUCUGUGAUAAUUGUAUUAGGAGCAAUCAUACUAGUACUACUAAUAAUAAUAAUAGUAUGAUAAUGGAUGAUAUUACCAUAAUCAUUGCAUCAAUUAAAAGUGAGUUUUGA